GCAGCCCGCGCCAUGGAGGUUACGCAGACCAGCCUAGACAAAUUUUUCAAGUCCAGGAAGACCGCCAGGCCCGGCCACCCCCUCAAGGGCCACGUCAAGGCUGAUGCUGGAAACAUCAAAUCCCUUCUAAAACAAGCCUCCAAGAAUGAGAGGACUGUUGCCCAGAGACCACCUCAGACUCCUAAGAGGAAGAGUGAAAAUGAGGAGGCUGCACAGAGGAAGAGGAAGAGGGAGCCUUCCGAGGAAGGUAGUUUGCCUAGGACCCCCAGGACCCCCAAGAACAGGAGGGAGACCUCGGAGGAUGGCACCACACCCAGGACGCCCAAGACACCCCGGACACCCAAGGACAGAGCUUCGGUGGUGCCACAGACGCCGCGCUCUGCCAGGAAGAGGCUCAUCAUGGGGCCGCAGGAUGAGGGUGGUGCCAGUGAGACUGAGAACAACCUUGGUGCCUCUCCGACAAAACUCAAGAAGCUGGAGGAUAAACUGACACCGCAGCAGGUGAAGGAAAAGUUGGGCAAGUGUGGCCGCCUGGAUGAGCUGCGCGCCAGGCUGCUCAAAGUGAACCAGUGUGGAGAAAAGCUGCGACAGUUCCAGGAGAAGACACUGUCAGACUCUCCGGCACCCAAGAUAUUCUCCCCUAAGAAGGGAGAGACAGGAGGCAUACAGCUGGAAAAGUUCUCUAAGCUGGAAUUUGAAGUACCUGCCAGUCCCAAGAAGACUCCCAUCAAGACCCCACUCAAGUCCCCCAUCAGGGCCCCGGCCUACGAGCGCUACCAGCACCUGGUGGGGCAGCCGUCCCAGGAGCUGGCGCUGCCCUACAAGUACCGGCUGGUGAAGGAGGUGUUCCGGGCCGUGGACACUGUGGUCUCCAUCCUUCACAACAGACAGGAGCUCAUCACCUACUCCAAGCUCAAACCAGCUGUGCAACAGAUGUUGAGCAGAGCCUUCACUGAGCACUACCUUGGGCAGAUCAAAACAGUGUUUCCUCUGGCCUACUUCUUCAAGCAGGAGUCCAUCAAAAACAGCAUCAGCACAGGCACUGCUGGAGGAGGGAAGAGGGCAUACCAGUUAACACUGAAGGCCAACUUAGACUACAAGUCAUCAGCAUCACAGAAUUUGUCCAAGAUGUUUGACAGCUUCUCAGAGCCGCAGACCCCCAAGUACCGCAAGAUGGACUCCAUAGUGAUGGUGGAGCGCCGGAACAUCUUCCACAACCUCUUGGUUGAUCAUCUCAAGGAACACCAUGAACAGUUUCUCCAGUCACUCGACCCGCCCAUCUCUGGGUCCGGCAUGAGCAUCAAGAGGUGGCACCCGGAGUUCCCUCUUGAGGAUGUCCCCGAUGUGGAGGCAGCGCCCCUCCCCCAGCCCCCUGAGGUGGGCAAGCUGGACACUGCCAGAGACGUGUUGGAGAAAGCUCAGUCCUUGCUGUCCUGUAACCCCCGCAUGGAGCAAGUGCUGAAGGAUGCAGCAGCCAAGGUGCCACCCGAGGCAGAGGGAGGCACAACACCACCGCCUGAGAAACCCGCCGAGCCUGCCAACGUGUGUGCAGCACUCAAGGGCAUAUCAAGUUCACUUCUAGAAAAGGUGCGCGCACGUGAGGCAGCCAAGCGUGCGAGGGACAUGACUCGCAGCACCACAGAGAACAAGGAGCUGGAAAUGUUGUCCAGAUUGCCAGAGAUGGCCAGAAUCAUCCGAAACUCCUUUGUGACAGAGAAGAAGGCUGCCCUGCCCUGGGAGAUGAUUGCUGCCAAGGUUACUGCCAGCUACUCCUCUUUGAUGAGCUCCAGUGAGGUGGACCGGCACCUUCACCUGCUGGUGGAGGCGUUGCCGGGGUGGUGCACCGUCCACAAGGUUCGCAGCGGCACCUUCCUCAAGAUCAACAAGGCCCGCGAGCUGAGCACCGUCACAAAUGAGUUAAAUAAGGUCAUACAGCAGCGCAGAUGAACACAUUGCUGCUGCUGGGGUUAUAAACCUUUUUUCAACGUACUUUUUAUUUGUUGUACGUUUUUUACAUUUUUUUACCCUGGUAAAGAAUGUACUCAUCUGAUGGGGUCAUGAAUGCAGUUUUAAGAAGAAUUUUAUCACCAAUUAUCUUGAGAGUUGUGGUUAAGGGGGAAAACAGUGGUUUUGUGUCAGUAUAAGCAUGUGCUGUAGUACAAGUAUAUAUAUUAACAGUAUUUUAAGUGAAUUAUAGGUAGUUGUAAUUUUUUACACAUUACCAAAGACAUCUCAUAAAUUUAUUUACUGGGGGUUGUUAACUUAUUUACUUUGGGGUUUCUGAAGGGCUUCAGGAUAUUCUGGCUGCUGUGGCCAAGCCCAGGCAGGGUUGUCAGGGUGGAGGUGUGUUUUUAAAGGACUUAAUAGAGGGAGAGGAGGUGGAAAAUUGAAUUCACCAAGUAAUUAGGGUUCAUUGUUGUUUCAUCCCAGGAAGCAGGUGCCUUUCAAUGACGUAUAUGCCUAUUUACCCUUUCAAUUACGAGGACCAACUGCUUCCACUGCUGUGCCUUGAGUGCCAUUCAGCAUCACGGUGCCAAUGCCAGAGGAGAGGUGUCAAGAUUGUAGAAUUAGAGGUUUAUAAUUGUUAUGACAGUUGAGUAUAAAUGAAGUAAUCUCACUGAAUCAUUACAUCCUUUUUGUGUUGGUACUAAACUUUAUAAAGAAGUAAUCAAAGGAUCUUUUUGAGCUUGAAAUAAACUAUGCUGACUGUGCAGUUUUAUGCCACAUUAUAAGUGAAUGUCAUUUGGCUUUUGUGCAUCUGAUGUGUAGCACAAUUUGUUUUAUACAUAGUAUCUUCAUAUGCAUGGAUUUUGGGUAGAGUUUUACAUUUUUAUGAUGCUUAAUUUCAAGAACAGAUCAAUUGUGAAAAUUUAAAAUAUUCAUAAUUCCAUAUCACCACCACCACCAUCAUCAUGCCACCAUUAUCAUCACUUCAGUAGUCAUCAUCACCCCAUUUUCUAGGUAAGUGUUCAUGUUUGUAACAAAAAGAAUAAUUCAUAGUGUGGCAACAGGUGCCAAGGGACCAUUUUUACAGGUAAUCUAGAAACAUUGUCAGAUGACUUGCCUUUGUCUGUCUGUGAUUAUUUGUAUGAAAUUAUAGUUUUAAAAGUAAUGAAGCCCUUAAGUCAUGUUCUUUAUCAAGGUUCUUCAAAGUGAGGUGCCGUAAGACAUGUUUGUUACGGUUUAUCAUUACUGUAACAAGUAAAAGUGAGUCAAGUGCCUCAGGUCGUGUCCAUCGCUGCAUGUGUUGCCAUGUUGGGUGCACACCAGAUGGGCACGGGUAAGCAUGCUGUGUUGUGGACUCGUUAUUUAUAAUUACAUGAAAGUUUGUACAUA